CGUCGACAGAGUGUUGUUUGCGAGGCGGUACAUCCUGCAGGCAAUGCUUAAAAGGAAGCGGUAAAUCGCCCCGCCCACUUUCUUUUCUCCUCCCAACCUUCACAUCUUUGAACCUUCAACGACAUCUCUCAUCUGCUGCUUAUUGAACUAUCCUAUAUAACAAUGGAGCGCUGCAUCAAGAACAUUUCAGCUGAGUCUCUUUCCGAAUCCGUCGACGACACGACGCUAUUCAGAGCUCGUGCGGGAUCCUUUCAUCACAUAGGGCUUUUGGGAAGUCCGAUCCUGCUCAGUCCACAAGAGUCCGAUCUCAGCGACGAUGACUUCCAAGCACCCAGCUCACAAGCUGCUGGUGAACUCCCCGGUGAUUUCGCCAUGUCGCCGGCCAAUGUCCUGUCCUCGGACAGCCUCCCAUCCAGCAGACCAAGCGAAACCAGCUCAGAAACUUUGUCAUGCGCAAACAUCUUCACGACCUCGGAGAAAGGAAGUCUUUUCGCGGCACCCAAGAAUAUGACCUCAUAUGCCGCGAGGCCCAACGACAUUGGGACACGCCCAGCUGGCAUUGAUUCGCAAGAAUCUCUGGAAGACCAACUUGAAGACCGCAUAGAAACUCACACAACGAGCGCAUCCACAAUGGAUGGACUCGCGCGGAAAAGCUCAAAAUCGACUGAAAGCUCAAAACAGGCGUCACAACGGAGCUCAGCAAGCGGAGCCAAUGUCCAGUCGGAGUUCUCUAAAGGGAAGGCCGGCCGUCGGAAUUCUCAAGUGCUUCACAGGUUACGCCAAAUUUUGCGGAUCUGAAGUGGUACCCAACAUUCCCUUACAGUCACUAUAGAGAUAAGGGCCGUACCACCUCAUGUAGACGUAGAGCUUGCUUCUAUACCCCUUGGUUGUCGUGUGGAAUAUACAUGAUCAUCAAUGAAUCAAAGAAAUCAUCCCAGUUUGCUGUGUUUACUUUCCGUAGGAUGGCGCCCGCACUUUCGAU